AUGAAAAUUGGAGAUUCUAAAUUAGCUUCAGCUAUAAAAAAUGUGAUCAUAGCUAAUAAGAAUGUUGAAAUAAUUAAAGAUGUAUUAUAAGAAGAUCCAAGAGAAAUGAAUGUUUCUGUUUUUGAUUAAGUAGGAUAAGAGAAUUAAGAUGUAAAAUAUCUGGAUUUAUUUAUUCAUUUAACAGAAUAAUGUCUCAAUAAUCCCAAUAAAUCAGCAACUCUUUGUACAGAUUUAAUACUUAAAAUAUCAUAUGUUAUAUCAGAUCCCUCUAAAUGGUCAAAACAUUUUAAUAAUACAAUUUAGUAAAUUAUAUUUUUAUAAUAGGUUCUAAAAAAAUCAAAUUCAUGAAAAGAUCAAUUAAUUCUUGUCUAAUUGCACCUUACUAGUAGAAAAUUAAAAACCUGUUCAAAAGAUUAUCAUUAUGGCUUUAACAAAUUUAGUAACAAUAAAUGAACCUGAAGACGAAACUCUUUGUGAGUCUUGUUUAAAAACUUUAAAAAUUCUAUAUAAAAACAAUCCUGAUUUGAAAUAAUUGCUAAAAAAAACUAUAUAAAAGAAUAUCUUAACAAAUUUAGAAUAAAAAAGUUUUCUUACAAUUCCUAUUUGUUUACUUAAAGGUUUGACUGAUUUUGCAUCAGAAAUUAAAUUAGGUGAUUGGAUGACAGAUUAAUAAUGUAUUCUAUUUGGUAGAUGGCUUGAAUAAAUUUUUGCAAUUUUUAAGGAUGAUAAAUCAAAAAUUGAUUAAUCAGUAGAAUGCACUUUACAAUUGAUGAGUAAGUGUUUUGUUGCUGAAUCUUUUGCAACUUAAUUAGAAGAAUUUAUCACUAUGGAUGGAGUAAUGGAUAUUCUAAGUUUUUGUUUUGAUUAAGGAAAAAAGGCAAAACCAGAUGAAAAUGUAGGAAAAAAGACAAAACCAGAUGAAACUACAGCAAAAAAGGAAAAACCCGAAGAAAAUAAAGCAAAGAAGGCAAAACCAGAUGAAAUUUUUACAAAAAAUAAAAUUAUAGUAUUUGUUUUUGAGAUGAUCAGCUCCUUAAAUAGAUUUCUCAAAAAAUCUAAUCCUAACUUAAAAGAAUAAUAUUCAGAAAAAAUUUCAAAAGAAAUUAGUAAGAUGAUUGAUGAAUUAGAAUCUGAUAGGUAUCAUUUUGCUAAUUCUGAAGCUGUUAAAACUUAAGAGUAAUGUUAAAUAAUGAAUAAGAAAUUAGGUUCACUAAUUAGAGCAUAUGGUAAAAUUUUAGUAGAUAAUCCAUCUUAUACUAAAAUAUAAUCAGAUUAAGAACUUAAUGAUUAAAAUAAAAAAAAAGAAAAGGAACUUCUGGCUAGUUAAAAUGAAAAGCCUAAGGCAGAAAAAAAAGAAGAAAAAAUAAUUUUUUUCUAAGUCUUAAAAUUAUUAACCAUAAAGAAAUUAGACCCAUAUAUUUAUGGAAGUCUUUGCUAAUUUUUAGUAACAAUAUUAGAGAGUCAAGUUUGUACUCUUUAUUUAGGUUCAAUAAUUGCAAAUACUGAAAAUUUUAAUACAACUUUGUUAUUAUUAUAAAAGAAUUUAUAUAGUGACUUUAUUUUAAUGGCUAGAGUAUAUGGAAAUAUUUAAAUAUCUGCUGAACAUUCUCUUGCAAAUAUGCCAACUUUAGAAUUAUAAUAUGCUGUACUUUAAAUAUUAAAAGUAUUUGAAUGUAUUUAGAAAAAAGCUUCAGAUCCAAAUGAUUGUUAAAAAUUCUAAGACAAAUUGAAAAGUUUAGAGUAAUGGAAUUAUAAAUCUAUAAUUUUAUCUUGUUUAGAAGCACCAGUAGAAGAAAUCAGAAUUGUUACAACAUAUUUAUUAUCAAAUAUUCCAAGUCGUAAAUGGGAAUUUGAGGAUUUAAAAAAUAUGCAAAAGAUUUUAGAGAAACUUUAAUAAUUAUUAUCAGAUGGAUAAGGAGAAGAAGUACGAUAAUUAAGUAAUUUUAGGAAAUUUCUUGUUUGUUAAUGAUAUUUUGUAAUAUAGUUUCAUCAAAUACAAAUCCAGUUUCUUAUCAAUUCAGAUAAAAUACAUCUUCUUAAAAUUUAUGCGUAGUUUCUUAUAAAAUGUAAGAAAAAAUAGUUAAAUUAGUUUGCGAACAAAUAUGAGUAGAGAUACUAGAGGAGAUGAAAACUAAACAAGAUAAAAAAUAGCUUUAAGUGCUUCUUGUGUUUAUUUGUUGAGUCAAUAUCUUUAUUCUUAAUAACUAAGAAAUAAUUUCUUUAAUUAAAAAGCUCUCUUUGAAAUUGGUGAAGCCUUAAGAUUAGAAGAUUAGUUAGGAACAGAUGUUAAAACACCUUUAUCUAUAGAAUCAAUUUGUCUUGUUGUCUAACCAUUAUUUCAAUCUAUUGAAUGUAAUGAAGAAUUUAUAUAAUUUAGCUGAUUUUGGGAUAAAUAUAACUCAUUUAAAUUUCUUUAGAGUUUUGAUGCAAAUAAGUAGCAUUUUGAACUUUUAAAAAUAUAGUUCUAUUUAAUCAUUAACUAAAACAAGAGCAGAAAUAGAAAAAGAGAUUUAAGCUUAAAAAGAUUUAAUGUAAUCUAAGAAACAUAAGGGACCAAGAGUUACUAUUGCUGAAGAAUAUGAUUAUGAUAAUAGUUAAUCUGCAGAUGAUAUUUUAAGUCACUACAAAAGAAAUUUACAUUAACAAUGUUAGGAACAAUGGGAUAAUUGGAAAAUCUAAAAAUUUCCUAAUUAUAAAAAUUUAGAUUAUAUUGAUGAUUUAAUAAGUGCUUUUGAAGUCUAACAUACUAUAUUUUCAUCUUAAAAUGGAGUAGACAGACUACUUGCUUGUUUAUAGCCAUUAAUUCAAAAUGUACAUUUAGAUUUAGAAGAAAAAACGAUUUCUUUAGAUUCAAUAUAUCAACAAGAAGGUAAUGAAUAUUAGUCUAAAGUUGUAACUUCAAGUUUAAGUAAACAUGCAAUUGUUAGUAAAUUGGUUGGAUAUCCUUAAAAUUAAGAUUUAAAUAUUUCAAGAUUUUCAUCAUAAUUUUUUGAAGUUGUUUAAUAGAAGAAGAUUUUGGCUAAUAGUAUGGUUGAUCUUAAAUCUUUUGGUGAGGAAUAAUAAUAAUAAUUUUAUGAAUAUAUGUCACUUUCUCGUAGUCACAAAACUAAAAUUGCAUUAAUUACCAGUGCCUUUCUUUAUUCUUGUUACAUUUCAAUAAUAUUUGCUCCAGAAGCAUCAAUAUUAUGCAAUGCUUUAACUGAAAUUUAAUAAAAAGAAAAAUUAAUUGGAUAUAUUAAAUUGUGUGCUGCAUCAGAUUGGUACAAUUCAUGUGUCUCAAUUAAAUUAUUUAAAAUCUAUCGAUUAAUUGGAAGACAUAUGAUAUUCUUUUUUAAUAGUGAUAAUUCCUUUAAUUUUCUAAAAUUUGUAUAAGAAGAAAUCAUUAAACAACUUAGAUAAAGUAAUGAACUUCCUGCUGUUUUAGAACCAAAGUUAACAGUCAUAAAAAAAUAAAUAAAAGAAAUUGAUGUUAAAUAAAAAUAAUUAAAAAAAAAACCUUUAUUCUCUGCCCCAAAACCAGAAGAAUAUAUGGAAACAUGUUAUUUAAUUAAUAAAACUAUAUAAAUAAUUGUGAGUGACUUUAAAGAAAUCAUUCAAUCAUUAAAUAAAAAGUAUUAUCAAUAUAUUAAAUUUUUUUAGGUAAUUAUUGGAAUAGUUGAAAUUAAUCAAUAGUAUUUUCAAAACUCUUUAAAUAGUAUUUAAAUAAAUGUUAAUGUGUGUAGUUGAAAUUCGUUUGGAUGAAUAUACAUAAAUUUUUUCAGCUAUAAGAAAAAUUUAUAAAUAAAUUGGGGCUUAGAACUUUUUUGAUGAAUUAACCUAAUGUAUGUAAAAAUUAGAUAAGAAAUUGUAAUCUAUGCAAAGUUUAUUUUAAAGCGAGGAUUCCUUAUAGAAAUAAUAAUAUUACUUAUUUGUUAAUCUAGCUUAAAUAUUGGGAAUACUAUUUAUCUAAAAAGGACAGAGCUUAAAAUAAUUAUUUGGUAAUUUAUGUUAAAGAUUUGAUUCCGCUAAAUUAUCUGAAACUGUUAACAAUGGUAUCAAAGCCUGGGUUGCUUAAAUGGUUAUGUUACAUUUAUUUACAUACAGAGAUAUUUAUAACCCUUUUGUUAAUUAAAUUCCUAUUCAUGAAACAAUAAUUGAUUUUAAAAAGCUUGAAGGUUAUACAAGAUUCAAAAAUUGUUUGUUAUUAGUUUAUAAUACUUAUUUUAUUGUUCUUGAAAUUGUUGGUGUUUAAGUUAAUUAAGACUUUUUGUAGACUUAAGUUACUCAGAAGAAUUAUAAGAUUCAUUUACAUGUAUAAGGAUAAUAAGUAAUAAAGUAUAUUUAUAUUACAAAAGAUUCGAGAAUCUACAUGUUCUAUGUAACAGCAGGCUGCUAAUACAAAUAUGACAGAAGAACAAAGAUAAGAAUUUUAGGAACAUUAAGAUGAAAUUAAUGAAGGUUUGAAAGUUAUGGAUUUAUAAAUAAUGAAUUUAGAAGGAAAUUCUAAAAAAGCAGAUUAAGAUUAUCUAUUUUACUUUUAAACAAAAUGGGAUUGUGCAAAAUAUAUUAAAUUAUUUAAUCUAUUAUAAAAUGCUGAUACAAAUUUUGAAAACCCAUUGAUUUGA